CAAAAAUUUCUCUAAUAAUUAUCUAUAUAUAAAAUCACACCUUCUCCACUCCUUUCUCCACCACCAUCAAUCCACUUAAUUUGUUAUAUCUUCCAACAAUCUCUCCCACCCUCUUUCUCUCUUGCUCACUAGAUAUGUCUCAUCUUUUUCCAUUUUCAUCUUUUCUUAUUUAACUCUCAUUCUUCUCCUUCCUCCUCCUUUCUUAAGUCGUGCUGUAGGGUUCGCUGGAGGUGGUGUCGUCAAUUAGUCCGACACCGGAAUACAAGAUAUGGACGGACAAGAUGAAGUAAUCAACAACAACAACAACAGUGACAACAACGAAAACACCAACAACGACAACAAUAACAACAACAACAACAACAACACCGACGCCACCACCACCACUACUAACGUGGGAGCGGGGCAAUUAAUUGUGAAAGGGAAGAGGACUAAAAGGCAAAGGCCACAAUCCCCCAUUCCGUUCCGCAUGAUGACCGCAACUAAUACUUGUUAUAAAAGCGACGAAGGGAGCGAUAUCUGCAGCAACAACAACAACAACAACAACAACAACGUAGUCGAGGAUAUGACAACCGCCACCACCAUCACCACCACCACCGUAGUCUCAGACGACGAUGAUAUCUACUUUAACGGGGGUGGAACCACUACAGAGGAAGAGGAAGACAUGGCCAAUUGCCUUAUCCUCUUGGCGCAAGGCCAUUCUCGCGACUUGCCACCACAACAUCCACCGCCAUUCCUUUCUUUGGUAGACGAUCAUACUCACAAGUCCAACAACAAUAAUAAUAAUAGUGUUAUUCCUCCUAACAAAUUCAUUAGCCGGAAAUUCAUGGAGGCAACUUCCACAACAGGGAAGUCUGGUUAUUAUGUGUAUGAAUGCAAAACAUGUGGCAAAACUUUCUCGUCCUUUCAAGCACUUGGCGGCCACCGUGCCAGCCAUAAGAAGCCUAAAAACAAAGACGAAGAUUACACCAAUAAGAGCCGAUCAAACAAUAACAUUUUUUCUAGCAUCAUUACUUCCAACAAGAACAAUUAUAACCACAACAAUAACAGUAAUCUGCUGCUUUCGUCGGACGAUGAGGAACCUCCUUUUAAAGUUGCUAGGCAUAACAACAACAACAACAACAACAACAACAACAAUGUAAUCUCUUCAACCUCGCUCUCACUACAGCUUACAAAUCGAGCUUUAUACAGCAACCAUCACAGCAGCAACAAAGGUAGAGUCCACGAGUGCUCAAUUUGUGGGGCAGAGUUUUCAUCAGGACAAGCCUUGGGUGGACACAUGAGGCGUCAUCGAGGCCCGGUGUCUGCAGCCAUGGGAGCUUCUUCUGCUACUCCGGUUAUACGAGCGGUACCUUUAGCUAUCGAGCAGGCGCCUGCACCCACUGAGAUUUCUCAUGACCAAAUUAUGAUAACACCAAUGAAGAUACCACCAAUUAGAAAUACUAAUACUAAUACUAAUACUAGUGUAUUGUCACUUGAUUUGGAUCUCAAUCUUCCAGCACCACCAGAUGAUAAUGCAGGUAAUCAUCAAAGAGAAUCCAAGUUUGUUUUUGAGUCUAAGCAACAUCCAAUGGAUGACCAAUCACAACCACCUUCGCCCACGCCGCCGCCACCACCACCACCACAGCAGCAACUUGUUUUCUCUUCGCCUGCUUUAGUGGAUUGCCACUACUAAUGUGGAGGUUCAGUUUUUUAUUUCUAAUUAUAAUUUUAAUUAUUUGUCUCUAGUAGAAAUUCUUACGAUUGCACAAAAACAAGUCAACAUUAUUGUAAAUGUUGAAAGAGAUUUUUCAUUUUUUAUUUUUAUCUUCUUUGGAUUAAGAAUUCAUUACAUUCAUCA